GCCCCGGCUCUGACACUCGCACCGCCACUCCCGGCGAGGCUGCGUCCGCCCCCCCAGAGACCCACAGGCGGAGACACCGCAGCGCUUCUCACCUGCCCCAGCCGGGUCACUGCUCUGCUCUGCUCCUCACCUGUCCCGGCAGGGUGCACAGUAUCGUAGCACCCCCACCAGCUCCCAUCCCCACCUCCUUCUUCCUGUGUCAGCCAUACAAGGACAGCAGCCCCCUUUCUGAUUUUGGGGCAGAUCCUUGGCUCCAAGGGCAAGUCCUUCCAGUAGCAUGGGGCACUUCGUUGUCUGGGACUAUGUGGUCUUUGCGGCCAUGCUGCUGGUCUCAGCUGUCAUUGGUGUCUACUAUGCCUUCGCGGGAGGGGGCCAGAAGACAUCCAAGGACUUCCUCAUGGCAGGCCGUAGCAUGAGUGCCCUCCCUGUUGCGCUCUCCCUCACUGCCAGCUUCAUGUCAGCUGUCACUGUGUUGGGCACCCCUGCUGAGAUCUACCGCUAUGGUGCCAUCUUCUGCAUCUUCGCCAUCACCUAUGGCCUGGUGGUGCUGUGCAGCGCAGAGAUCUUCCUGCCCGUCUUCUACAAGCUGGGCAUUACCAGCACCUAUGAGUAUUUAGAGCUUCGGUUUAAUAAAUACCUGCGCCUCUGUGGAACAGCCCUCUUCAUUAUACAAACGACUUUAUACACUGGUAUUGUCAUUUAUGCUCCAGCUUUGGCACUAAAUCAAGUCACCGGCUUCGAUUUGUGGGGUGCAGUGGUGGCAACUGGUGUGGUCUGCACUUUCUACUGCACACUGGGCGGUCUGAAGGCAGUGGUGUGGACAGAUGUUUUCCAGGUUGGAAUCAUGGUUGCUGGAUUUUCAUCUGUGAUUAUACGAGCUGUGGUGGUUCAGGAGGGAAUUGGACGCAUUGUAAAUGAUUCCUAUCAUGGAGGAAGAUUAAACUUCUGGGACUUUAACCCCAAUCCUCUGCAAAGGCACACCUUCUGGACAAUUGUUGUAGGUGGCACCUUCACAUGGACUGGCAUAUAUGGGGUCAACCAGUCUCAAGUACAGAGAUACAUUGCAUGCAAAAGCAGGUUCCACGCAAAAAUGUCCCUCUACAUCAACCUGGUGGGUCUCUGGGCGAUACUGGCCUGCGCAGCACUCUGUGGCCUGUCCCUCUACUCCAUUUACAAGGAUUGUGACCCAUGGAUGUCAAAGCAGGUGUCGGCACUCGACCAGCUAAUGCCAUACCUAGUGCUGGAUAUUCUCAAGGAUUAUCCAGGAGUGCCAGGACUUUUUGUGGCUAGUGCCUACAGUGGAACAUUAAGCACAGUGUCCUCCAGCAUCAAUGCUCUGGCUGCCGUGACUGUUGAAGACCUCAUUAAGCCGUACUUCAGAUCCCUCUCUGAAAAGAAGUUGUCAUGGAUUUCCAUGGGGAUGAGUUUCUUUUAUGGUGGAGUCUGCAUAGCUAUGGCUGCAGUGGCAUCUCUCCUGGGAGCCUUGUUGCAGGCAGCACUCAGCAUUUUUGGCAUGGUCGGUGGCCCCCUUUUAGGACUGUUUGCCUUGGGAAUCCUCUGCUCCUUUGCAAAUGGAAUUGGUGCAUUUGUGGGUCUUGUCAGUGGCUUUGUUAUUUCACUUUGGGUUGGAAUUGGAUCUCAGAUUUAUCCUCCCCUCCCAGAGAGGACCAAGCCGCUGUAUCUCUCAACUGCAGGCUGUAAUAUAUCCUCAGUAAAUUGGACAUCAACAGCAAAUCCAUUAACAACAGUCUUCAACACACCAGCUGCAGAGAGGCCUGCCCUGGCAGACAAUUGGUAUUCCUUGUCUUAUCUCUACUUCAGCACACUUGGGACACUUGUCACAGUAGCUGUGGGAAUAAUUAUCAGCCUCCUAACAGGAGGACUAAAGCAGAACACAGAUCGUAAAUUCCUGCUGACCGAGGAAGAUUUCCUGUCCAACUUCUCGUGGUCUAAAUCUGAGACACCGGAGAAAGUGGAAGUGUUGAACUGGAAAUCAUUUACCACGGCAGCUGAAGGAACUGACAACCCUGCUUUCAGCCACAUUGAAAUGGAUGUUGCAAGCAAUGACAACAAAGCCAAUGGCCUUCAUAUAUGACACAGGGCCGUGUCAGCCCACGAGGACAGUUUUGUUCAUGUGAAGUACUGUUGACAUUCCUGUGCUGGGUCAGUUACCAGCCCUGCUGGGGACAUGGGCAGGCACCUGGUGAGCUACAUGGCACUGUCACCCUUGCAUGACCUUGACAUUAGUCAAGAAAGGAAUCAGGUCUUUCUUGCACUUCCUCACUCCUUCUCUCACUCUGGAUCUUGGUGACAGGGCUUAAGGCAAUGUUUCUAUGUGAAAUAUUUGUCUGAUAUUCUUGAGCCUCCUGGAAAAUAUCUGCUUUUAGUCUCAGUUCACUCUCAGAGUAAAUUUUUUAUUUGGUAAGAGCACUGUUCCCCCAGACAUAGCUGUUUUUCUUUUUUGUUUGUUUGGUUUUUUUAGAUUUGUUUGAUUUUUGUUUCUAUUUUCUUUUAAGGCAUUGAAAGUAUGAAGAGAUUAGGGCUGCAGGACCUUACCAGAUUGCAAGAAACAGUGGGUCUUUUUUUAGUACAGGCUAUGUAUUUCGUGCCAUCUGGUUCCUUUGUAGAACUGAUCCUGAGAGUGUAUUUAUUUUGCUGGUUUUGUCAUAUAUAUAUUUAUUUGUAUUAAGCCACUUGUUCCCUGCUUAUCUGCAUCUCCUCCUCUGUGCCCACUGCUAGAAGCUACGAGAGUGUCUUUGGUGAUGGGUGGAGGCAACAAUCAGUGAUACCCUUCCCUUCACACCCUGUCUCCCUCUUCUGCCCUGUCUUGCCCUCACAGAGCUGGUCCUCAUGAAGGAAAUUAACUAUUUGGGCUUUUUAUUCAAUGCCAUAUAGCAGAAACACAGUAGUCUUCUAUUUCGUGCCCUGCAUGCUGGCCUAGGCUCGCACAGUGAGGCAGAGACAUUCAUGCACAAAGAAGGGCCUGUCUGCUGUACUGACCAAGAGAAAAGGCUGCAUCUGCAGCUGCCACUGCUGUUAUCUGUGGAGCUGUGAGCUGAAACCUCAUGUAGCCAAUUGGGUUCAUGUGGUCCCUGUUGUCACUGUGGGGAUUUGUGUUCAACCGUGGUCCAGAUCAGGCAAGAGCAAGUCGUGUGUUCUGGCACGCAGAGUCCCUUGCACAAUCCCCCAUGAUGGGACAGGGAUCGCAGAAGGUGUCAUUUAGUGAAGGCUUCUCCAGGGCUGCAGGGCAUGGCGUGGCUUAUCUUCCAGCUGGGUUGCCGAGAGAAGCAGGACAGCACAUCCACUCCAGACCAUGCACUGUACUGAUGGUUCGGGAGGGUGAAACCACCAUUGCUUCCUUCUCUUGUGUGCUUCAUGGUACGGCAGAGAACAGACUCUGACCCACUGUCUUGUUUUUUACUGCAGAUCUUUUGCUACAGCUGUACGUGGGUGUUUAAAACUUCUCUACAGCAGCAGAAUCAAGUUGGAAAAUAAAAGCCAUUGAAGGAAA